AUGCCGGUAAAGGUUCGAAUAGGAAUGCAGUCCAGUUCACCACUUUUGAGUGGAUAUGGACAGUGGACAGUCACGGAAUCUUUCGGGAUGUUAUGGAAGGUUACAAUUCCGGGAUGGUAUCGGUGGUUGCUAGAAGGGCGGUUUGGUUUGGCCGUGCUUUGUGGAAAAAUGCAACCAUUUCGGAACCAUCAACUAGCUUUGUUUGGAUUUUUUAUGGCUCUAGACGAACGAUUUCGUUAUCAAGCACUUAUCGACAUUCUGGUUAUUAUGUUUUGUACAUUUCCUAUUGUGCCAAAUGCUACGCCCGAGAAUAACAGAUUUGUGGCCAAUGUUUGCAAUGCAGAAGACUGGCCAGCUCUUUGUACUUCACCGAAAGAAAUGUAUGAAGGAACAGUUCGGAUGCUGUUUGAGUACGGAGCCACACUGCAUGAGCAUAUGAAAGUGUUAGAAGGAAUGGAGCCGAAAGAUCUAACUUUUGAAAAUGUUAUUGAACCAUUUAUUGCUGAAGAAGAACAGGUCUUGUAUGCUUUUCAUACGCUGUGGACUAGAAUGAUUACAGACUGGCCGAUUUCUAGUGAAUUACAGGCUGAUUUCAUGAAAGUUCACGAAUUAGCCAUCAGUGAAGUUUCUGCGAAAUGGAAAUACGAUGUUUUUUUUAAAGCCAUCAAGACACUCUGUGAAAGAAAUGAAACCACAGAGAGAUGGAAGCGAAGGCUUGCCGAUUUCUAUUAUCUACAAAUGAAGUCAACAGCCAUGGGUGAAACUUCUAAAAAGUAUGAGCAGUUCACAGGACACGACAGUUUCGUUGAGCAUUAUAUAUUUAGAUAUAGAAUGGUAUUGCGAAAUUCAGAAGAUAUGGAGAAUAUUCAAGUUACAGACCGAGCAGUGUUCAAGGAUGCACCUCCCGAAGUAACUGAAUAUGAAGAGGGACCGUGGCUUGUUAAUGCAACAGCAACAUCUGUAAAGCCAAUAUUGACGUACUGUUCUGAUAAGACUGUUCGUGCAACUGUCUGGGAUAAAUGGAUUUCUCGUGCUACAAGGCCACAUAGUUUAGCCCGUGUUACAAGUAAUGCAAGAACAAUUGAAACGAUUAGAAAACAUCAAGGAAAAAAAGCUGCGUUGCUUGGGUUUGCCACAUAUGCUGAAUAUAGAUUGGCUUACAAAAUGGCAGAGUCCCCAAAGAUUGUACGAAAAUUUACGAAAGCCUUAGCAAGGAGAAUGCGACCAUUAUUCGAUGAUCGAAUGCAAACUUGGUCCAAUUUUGCUGCGGAAGAAGAAAAACUUUAUACCCUGGCUCCGUCGGAUCUAUAUUAUAUUUGCCGUAAAGAGGCGGAAAGUUUGCACGGAGUUGAUCCCUUGGAUCUCAUGUAUCAUUUCCCUUUCUGGCCUACAUUUGAGAAUAUGUUGGAAGUCUUUUCAUAUAUAUUCGGUGUCUUAUUCGAAGAUAUUACCAGAGACAACCUUGAUCGAUGUCAUCCAGAUAUUCGGAUCUUCUCCAUAACAGAUUCAUCAGAUAAGCUUUUUUUUGUUUUUGACUUUCAGCGACUGCAUUUGGGUCGCCUCUACGUCGAUCCCUUUGAACGGCCGAAUAAGUGCUGUACAUGGGAUGUUUUGCUUGGACGAAGUUAUUGUACGGAAAAUAGGUGGGAUAAAAUAGUUUAUCUCUUUUCUAAUCUGAGCGUAUCCAAUUCUCCGGACUCAUCCGCACUUCUACAUUAUGAGGAAUUACAGAAUCUUCUUUUCUAUGCAGGUCGUGCAAUGCAAUUUUUGUUCUCUCAAUCACCAUAUAGAGAUUUAACAGUACCAUGGAGAAUUUUCCACGCUCAUGAUAUGGAUGCUGUUGAUCUGCUGCCAACUAUUGUGCAGUUUUUCAUUUUUAAGCCUGUAUUAUUAACUGCUUUGUCCUGCAAACAUCUGAAAACUGGUGAAGCAUUAUCGGAAACCAAAGCAAAUAAUAUUGCAUUGGGCUUAUCACGCUCCACCUUUUAUGAAACUUAUCGUGCGUUAUUUUGGACAGACUUUGACCUCACUCUCUUCGACACGAAAGAUACUGAUCAGGUUACAUGGCAGGAAAUAUAUCAUCAAAAAUUGACAGAAUAUUUUGCAUUCAAAAAUGCAAAGAGAGAUAUGCAACCAUGCUCUUUUGCUCCAAUUUUUGGUCAAAAUAUAUCGAUGGCUAUGUAUUACAGUCGGCUUUGGGCAGAGAUGCUGGCUUUGGAUAUUCAUGAUACAUUUGAGAAGGAAGAUGACGUUUGUGCAACCGGUGAUCGCCUGAAAAAAGCAAUUUUGUUCGAGGGAGCUAGUCAGCCGCAAAGGGAACUUUAUCGGCGCUUUCAGGGACGUGACCCCAGCCCUGAUGCAAUGUGUGAUUUCUACGAUCCUCCGCAAUAUCAUGUUAGUAUUGCUGCUUCCAACGAAGAUGCCAUCCCACAUUUGAAUUCGGAUGCACAAAAUAAUACAGAAAAAUUUGAAGCCAAGCAAGGAGUACCCGCAAAAUAA